UUUAAAAGUAAGUAUUGCGUCCCCCUACAAUUAGUUUACUUAGAUUAUUCUCCUAAAGUUACAAGCACAAUAAAUGGUAUAUAUACAUAUUUUUAAGAAGCAAUGUACUUAUGUGUGGCAGUUUGUUAUCAAACUUGUUCAUUUUCUUUUUGUCAUUUUUUUGCAUUACUGUUAAGCUAAAUAAAAAAAUAGAAAGCUUCUUAAAGAAUGGUCAAAAUCAUUAAAGGCAAUGUUGUUGAUGGAUGAAGAAAAAAAAUUGGUAUUUUUGUUAGUUUAUUAAAUAAUGGCGUAUUCUGAAACUUCCUGGCUGGAUGAAUUGUUCCACAAUAAUGGUAUUGACAGACAGAAAACUGACGUAAAACAAAUUGAAGAGUUAGAAUUAUUCUCUAGUUCCAUACCCCAGCUACCAUGUAUGGAUGUGUUAUCGAAUCUUACAGUUUUAAGAAUUGUAGGGUGUAAUAUGGAGAAGAUUGAAAAACUUGAUUCACUCGAAAACCUGACAGAAUUAUGGAUUUGUGAAGGAGGUAUUAAGAAAUUGGAAGGUUUUCACAGCAAUUUAGCAUUGAAAAAGCUGUUCUUAUACAACAAUAGCAUUGGAAAAAUUGAGAACAUAUCACAUUUGACAAUGUUAGAAACAUUAUGGUUGAAUAAGAACAAAAUUGAAAUUAUUGAGAACCUCGAUGAAUUAAAACAGCUGAAAGAAUUAAAUUUAAGUGAUAAUAAAAUUUGCAAGAUAGCACAAAACCUUGGAAGCAACAUAUUACUGGAAGAUCUCAAUUUAUCUGGAAAUAAUAUAAGUUCUUUGCAAGAUAUCACUAUUUUGUCUUGCCUACCAAAUCUUGUAUCACUUGGUUUAAAAGACCCCAUGUCAUUACCCAAUCCUGUGGCAUUCCUUUGUAAUUAUCUAACCUAUAUUUUGUAUCACCUUCCAUACUUAAAGAGGCUUGACUCGUUUGAUGUGUCACAAAAGAGCUUAAGAGAUUACGCUGUGUCGACUGUUUCAAAGAAAAAAACGUUUUAUAAGAUGAAAGUGAAGACUCUGGAAAGAUCUUGCACUUCGAUGAAAGUACUGUGUAAAGGAGAAUUGGAAAGUUUACAAAAGGGUCCUGUUAUGAGAUUACAAAGAUUAAUCAACUGCAAGAAAGAGAUUGAACGUGAAAUUGACGAUAUUGAGCAUAAUGUUACUCCGAAACAAAAAGUUGAAAACAGAGAUGGUCCUGUUGAUAAAGAUGGAGAUGAAGAACCAAAUCAAUCUGACGACACAACAUCUCAGUCUUCCCCUAGGGAUUUACUGAUAAGCAAAUUAAAUAAAUUGACAGAAAGAAUUAAGUAUUGGGAAACCAAACAUGAAAAGCUAAAUCUGAGCUUUAAAGAAGUUUGUAAACAAGCUGAAAAAUGGAAAAAAAAUUCAAUCAAUCAUUUACAACUGGAAUUUGCUUUUGGCGGCAACAUUCGGUUUGAAGAAGGAAGCACUGCUGAUUUAUGGUACAAAUCAUGUCAAGAUUUGGUGUUAUCAAGAUUCACCUGUUUUGAAUACAAAGAGCUAAAAGUUACAGGAAUUAAAGUUCACAGCAUAACAAAAAUUCAGAAUAACUUAUCGAAAAUGAAGUUUGAUUUAGCGCUAGACAAUCUUGCUGAUGCAGACCCAGCCUGCAAUAUUUACAAAGACACAAAGGGUCGACGUGUCAUGGAUUAUUUAUUUUUGAAAUUUGAUUCAAAGAUUCCAUUCUCAAAGUCAGAAGUUUUAAAAAUCAUGGAAAAUGGUUUUAACAGCCAGAGGAGUGGGCAUGGAACUGUACAGUUAACUAAUAGUAUAUACAUAAGUGAUAAACAUCGUAUCAAAUAUCGAAUGUUGAAGAAGAAAGAUCUUGAUAAUGUUGACAAAUGCGUGUUUCGAUUUGGCCAGUUGUUGAUUUGCAAAGUUUAUCUUGGGAAAUCAUGUACAUAUAACAAAGACAAAAGAUUUAAUCAAGCAUCUUAUCCAAAUUAUCACUCUGUUUAUCAAAGUAAAAAACAUCCAGUUUCCUCCUGUUCAACCAAACUGAAGAAAGGAAACAGUAGUUCAACAGAGAUGUGUGAAUGUACAGCUCGAAGAUGUACUUGGUUUAUAUUUAAUAGUGAUUAUAUUCAACUGGAAUAUAUUGUAGAUUUUGAAUAUCUAACUACAGUCACACCACCGAUGGUAAAUGUGUUUUCAAACAUAGUUACUGCAUUCAAGGAAGGGUGCAUAUACCAAAAUUUAACUCAAGUUCAUAUGAAACUUGAAUCUGAGCAAGAUUAUAAAGAUGAAGAAAUUUUAAAUAUGGUCCCUGGUAUAUCUACCAGACCAAGAUUAACCAUUCUUACUGAAGAUUUGUUACUUCAACAAUCUGGAAAAGCGAGCUUAAACAAGAUAGUGGAACUAAAUUUACAUGGUAGUGGUCUAUCCAAAGUGAAACUACUCACAAAUUUGGUUUGCUUGAAAAAACUGAUAUUGAGUUUUAAUGAAUUAACUUCAGUCUAUGAUUUUGGAGGAAUUACUUCGUUAGAGUACUUGGAUAUCAGUUUCAAUCAAAUAUGCAGAUUAGAUGGCUUCAAGCAAUUAUCUAAUUUGAUGUACUUGGAUAUCAGUUGGAACAACUUGCAUUACACACGUGAUGAAGUCGGUCUUAUGCGGAAAUACUUACCUGCUUUGAAAAUUCUGCACACUACACACAACCCAUGGAUGAAGGAAGACUCUCUGCGACUUCGAUGUAUAGGUCGAUUGCAUUCUUUAACAACAAUGAAUAAUGUGGAAGUCACUACAGAGGAGACUAAAACUGCUUUUCGCUUGGCGUCUAAUUCAAGAAUUGGUUAUAUAACAGUCCUUGCAAAUUCCCGUACUGAUGAAGAACCGAUUCAGUGUCUGAAUUUAUUGAAAACAACUGAUGUUCUGAUAAAGUAUAGUACAAAUAAACCUGUUAAACUGUCUGAAGAUGAUAAACUAUGGAUUGGAAAGGUCACUUGUUUACGUUUGGAUGGACAUCAUCUGAGCAAAAUCUCAAACCUGGAGAAAUUAGAAAAUUUAAAGUGGGUGUCUUUUAAUAACAAUGAUAUUACAAAAGUUGAGGGACUGGAUGCUUGUAAAAAUCUGAUAGAAUUAUAUUUAAGUGGAAAUUGCAUUUCUAAAAUUGAUGGUAUCAAUCAUCUGUCAAAACUGGAAGUACUUGACAUCAGCAACAAUGUUUUGUCAACAUUAGAUGGACUUCAUUUUGACGAAUUAAGCAAUUUGAAGUAUCUUGCAUUCGAUAACAACUGUAUUCACUCGCUAAACGGAUUACAGAAGUCAACGUCAUUGCUGGAAAUGUAUGCUGGUAAUAAUAAAAUUCAACAGAUCAGAGAAAUAUUUUAUUUGAAGAGCAUUCCUUCUCUGAUGAUUUUGGACAUAUUUGGUAACCCACUGGUUGAAGAAUCGAGAAACUAUAGACUGUUUAUCAUCUACCACUUGCAAAAUCUCAAAGUGUUAGAUGGAACACGUGUGGAUUUCAUAGAAGGAGGGAUAGCUAAAGAUACGUUUGGUGGAAAAUUAUCGACAGAUUUUAUUGCUGAGAAACUUGGUCACUCGAAUUUUUUGGAGCUCUGUGAACUCGACUUGCCCAACUGUAACUUACAAUCGGUGGAGCUAGGCAGCAGUACUUCGUUCAAUAACCUAAGAAGUUUAAAUCUGGAACAAAAUAACUUAACCCAUUUUGGUGGCAUAGUUAACCUGGUUCAUCUAAAAGUUCUCUGUUUAAACCACAACCGCAUUGAGACGAUGGUACCGAAAAAGCCUGAUGUAAGCAGUCCUUUAUAUGCAAGCAAACAAUCUGAGAGUUUGGAGCUACCGCGUGUGUUGGAGAAACUGGAAGUGUUACACUUAGGUUACAAUGAUAUCAAUAAUUUGGCUGCGUUGCAACUUGGUCGACUACCCAGUUUAAAAGCAUUAUUCUUGCAAGGAAAUGAGAUCACAAAGGUGGAGGGAUUACAAGAUUGCAAUGAAUUGAGAGAAUUGGUCCUCGACAAAAACAAAAUUAAAAGUUUCAACGAGAAUUCAUUUCAAGGUCAAUUGAAGCUCACUGAAUUACAUAUCGAAGAAAAUAGAUUACGAGAAUUGUCAUAUUUGGAAUCACUCGUUAGUCUACAACGAUUAUACAUUGGAUUAAACCGAGUUCAAGAUUCCAAGGAACUGGAAAAACUUGAAAGCUUGACAAAACUGUUUGAAUUAUCUGUUAUUGGAAACCCAGUAGCUAAACGUCUAAUGCAUCGUCCAAUGUUAGUCUUCAAACUACCGCACUUGUUGAGUAUUGAUGGUAUUCCAGUCACUAACGAUGAACGUGCAAAAGCGGAACUGUAUUUUAUUGAACAGCAAGGUGGUUUUCAAGCAUUACAAGCAAUGGCAAGUAGCUUUGAAUCAACGUUCCCUGGUUUAGUCACCAAAUCGAAAAGUCCUGUUAAGGUAUCGAAUCUGUCAAACGAAACUUAUUGGAACCCAGUCCCACAUGGUAUGAUAAUGCAACAAGCAGAAUCACAAACAGCACCCCAGCAGCGGUUCAGAAAGAAUGACGUCACGUCGUCGCGAUCAACCAACUUUUCACAUGUGAAUCGCAAAAAUUACGAUUCUAGAAAGUAUCAACCGAGAUAGCAUAGGGCGUAUGUUACGACAAUACCAAAAUAUCGAAAAUGAAAUGGUUAUGGGAUAAAAACGAAUAAAAAACAAGAUAUAUAUGCGAUGUGUAUCAAAUCGUGUGAUAGAUAAUACGGUUUUGCAAAUAACUAAAAAGAAAGUAUAUAAUAUAAUUAAUGUUUUAAAGUUCUAUUUAUACAUAAUAAUAUAUGAAUUUUUUUUACGUUGUAAAAAUAAUUUGUUGCUUAACUGACUACAGUUAACACCCGGUAACUUAAACCUUCAAGGGACCAAAGAAAAUAGUUCGACUUAACGAAUGUGCGAGUUAUCCGAGGUUCGAGUUCACCGGAGUUUUUAGAAAGUAUUGAAAGUUCAAGAGACCCAAGAAAAUGGUUCGAGAUAAUGAAAGUUCGAGUUGCCGGGAGCUAAGUGUAUUUUAAAUAUAUUAGAUUAUAACUAGCAAAUUUAACGUUGAAAUCAGGUUAGUGGAAACAAAGGCCGAAUUUCUACAUCGUGAUACCAACCAACUAAUAACGUCGUUUCUGUCUACCUAAUAGUAUUAAUUAUCGCGGAUAAAAUACAAAUUAAAAUUAGAAUUCAAUUUUGAGGGUAUUUUUCGCUGAUGAUUGUUUUUAAAACGUUUUGCGGGAAUGAUGUAAAAAAAUUAAGUAUUUUUGGAAGAAAACUUUUUCUCGAUAAAACAUUGACAAAAUAAGUUUCAUUCUUUGUCAAGAGUAAUAUUUCGCGGGUACAUAAUUUCAGGAAUUUAGCCAAAAUCCACGAAAGUGCGUAAAUGAAUACCGCGAAAUUUGAUUUAAGGUUCUUGGGUAAGCUACAAAUUUAUAAACGAUUUUAAUUUUUGUAGAAUGCAGCUAGUGCAUUUUCCACAUUUUUCGUUUAACCUGUUAAGGUGAAAAUUUUGCAGUGUACCAGCUGUAGAAUACUAGUGAAGCUUUGUCAUUUCGUAAAUUAAUAGAAUGGCCCUUUUCCACAAAUAUAAAGGGUUGUCUUGAAUACCCGGCAUUAUCCUGGAGAAAGACUUUGUAACUUUAAAAUAUAUGAAUAUUUUUAAAAACCUGCUCCUGUGUGACACUUUAAACCGGAAUUCCGUAAUGUCAUUUUUAAGUCGUUUUACAUUCGCCUUGAUUUUUAUCUUUAGAUAACAACAAAUUCUCAAUCUUUAAACAAGCUUUUCCUGUCAGUGAGUUGCUGUGAGACAUUAUCUGAAAAUCUUGAUAAAAUAUUUUACAGAUGUAUUGCUUCUAUUUAGAUUCCUUACGCAAUGUCAGAUUUCUUAAAAGUGUACUUGAACGGUAUCGUUUUUUUUACGGAUAAUUGUCCAAAGCAAAUAAAAGAUGUCGGUUUGCAGAUCGCCGACAUACAUACACUACGUUCUUGGCAAAGUGGUUUUGAGUGUGCUGUUGUGAAGCUAGAUAAAUGGCAUGAUAAAGUAUUCGAAGAACAACCAAAGUGCAUUUCUGGGGAGGAUAUAAAUACAGCAUAUCUGAUUCAUGUGAGACUAAUGAAUUACCUUUCCAAAAUUCGAGAAGAACUCGAUAGAAGAAGUGAAGUUACGAUAAAUUUAGACGAAUAAAAUUUGAGAGAGUAUCAAUAAGCAGAUUUUAUUAAAUUUUUAUCUAAAAUUCCAUGUAUUUGAAAAUUAGUUAAAAGUACAUAACUGUCAGUUUCACGCUGAACGAUGAUCAAAUGUACAGGAUUUAUAUCUAUAUUUUUUUGCUAAUUUUUAUUGUUUUUUAUUAUUUUUUGUCUUAAAAGCACAAGUGAUACAAAAGAAAAUAUAUCCUGUAAACCUCCUUGGUUAAUUCGAUGUUUUUUUAAAGAAUUGAACUAUCUUCUCUUUAAAACGUCAGAUUGAGGUUUUAGCAAGCACUUUUUCAUUUGUGAAUGACUUUUAUUUUUUUACUAGAUUUUAAUAAUUCUGAAAACCAAAUAUGUAUACAGCAGAAAUGAAAUUUCCAUUUUACUACUUUUAAAUUAACCUGCACAGAAUUAUUUUUCUUUUUUAACGCUGAAAGAAAAUUUGAUAUGUUUCUAUUUUUUUA